UGACGUCAACCAGUAGACAAGAAGGAACAAUGGCGGAGCCACCAAGCGCCUUUCAGGAAUCGGAGUAUGAAGCUUCUUACCCUAAAAGAUUCCGGUAUUCGCGAAAUUAUGGCACAGAAAUUGACAGAGAAGAACAAGAAGAAAAAGCAGAAGUAAAGAAAGAAACCACGCCAAAUCCAUUCAACAUGACUGCAAGGAAUUUCCCCAAAAAGAGAAAUCACUACAUCAGGUCAUCUAUGGCUUCAUAUAACAGAACAAGGGGAAGUUCUGUAGGUGGCAACAAAGCACUAGAACUUGUGCGCGCUGCGCUGCAACCAUCCUUGAAUUCAGAGAUAGAGCAAGUAUUAAAGAGUUAUCAAGAGAUGUACAAGAUGGCAGCAGCAAAUGCCAGAGAAAAUACUGGAGAGACAAUUUCAGAAGAGCAGAUAAAUACUGUCAUAAGGAAGAGUUUAGAUGAGGCCAAGCUUAUGUACAGAGUUGAUUUAAGGGGCUCUGUAGAUAAAAUCAAGUAUGAACGCAGUGAAAGAGGAAGCAGCCCUGUCAUACAAAAGAAACGACCUCGCCUGGAUGUUGAUAGAGUAGAAAGAUCAACAGCAGCAUCAAGAGCCGCAGACUCCAAGACCAUUGCUGCAUAUGAUUGGGAUCCAGAAAGCAUAAAUGAAGACACAGAAUUUGUCAUGGGUGUAAAAGCAAACAAAGCUCUUGGGUUUGCAGCCACUAGAGGAAAGCUAUACUACAGACAUCCUCAUCUUUUCAAGUAUUCUGGUGAUUCUGACGACAAGCAGUGGUUAUAUGAACAAAGUCAGCUGCCAAUCACUGGUGGAAAGGCAUUUUUAAUGAUAUGUGAGGAGGUGAGAAACCUGGUGCAGACUCAUACAGAGUACAGAGAAAAUGAAAACAUCAAGAUAAAUGAUCUUAAAGGUUUCAAAGUACCCAAACAAAUGAUUGAGAAAAUGAAGGCCUACAUGAGAAAAGCAAAAAGGGAAGCAGUGCGAAGACGUGCUGAACAAAACAAAACAAUGCCCAAACUGGAAAGAGUAGAACCACCUCCACAGAAAACAGAGAAAGUGACUGAGACUGAUGCAUCAGGAAAGGCCAAAGAUGCAACUGAAAGUACACAAGAAGGAAAGACUGAAAUACAGACAGCAGUAUCAUAAAAUUACUAAUAUACUCAGACUUCAAAUUCAACCUCAGGCAGUUGCAAUCACAAUACUACAGUUAACAUCCUCCAAGAUUACAAAAUGGAUUGUACUGUCACAUAGGGAUGAAAUUCAAUACUAUUUGUCUUUACUUCAACUGAUAACUGGUUUCUGACUGGUUUCUCAUCCUCGUUAUCAUUCCUGCAAGCACCAGAAAGUAAUAUGUUGUUCCAACAAACGAAAUCAUCAAGAAUGUUCUGCAGAAUCCUUUUCAAACUUUUACUGUGUGAUGGAAAAACUGCAAAUCUUAAUAGGUUUGUGUAUCCAACUUAAACUGUACAUGAAUGAACCUGUUAAAAAGGAAAACAAAACACUACCUGAAAAUUAAUUUUAGUAUUGGAAGACAGCCUGAGCUAUUCAGAUUGUUUUAAGUUGUAUCAAUAAUGGAUGACAGGCAAAGUAGCACAUAUUUGAAAAGCAUAACUGUACCAUCAUGAUAAUUCCAUGGUUUUCUGGAUAUUGUGCUACAAUGCUUUCUUCUAGACUGUUAUGACUUUUUCCAUGUGGACCAAGGUUAUUAUUCCAGGGGCGUAUCCAGGAAUUUAAUUGAGGCAGGGGGGAGGGUUCCUUACAUACCAAAUUGUCACAUCAUGUCAAUAUGAUGUUACAUGUAGUAUCAAUCUAUGGUUUUCAUGCUUUUUGGCUUUGAAAGGAGGGGGGUCACAGGCACCCUGUGACCCCCUGGAUGCRCCCCUGAUUUAAGAGUUUAUUUCAAAUGAAGUUAUUUUAGGAAACAUUGAAUACUGAAGACAACGUAUUGAAAUGCAUUGUGGUUUUCUCUCACCAAACAAAAGGUUUCUUAAGCAAUCGACCAUACAUGUACCAGCACUGUAUUGUCAAGAACUUUAUUGGCUUAGAAUUGUCAUUUUACAGUAUAAUGCAGCUAAUGUGCAGUCUUCAGUCUUCAAUGUUUUCUGAUAAUAGCUGCUGUAUCCUAUUUAGUUUUUAUGGGCAUGUACUGGAAGGCUUUGGGAAUUGGACCUUGAAAAGUUUAUAGUUGCCUGCUGAAUAUGUGAUUGGAGGAAAAUGGGGAGCAUAACAGAAAAAAAGGCUCAUUAUUUUAUAGUUUCACCACUUCUGUCCCUACUGAAGUGAGUUUGCCUUUCCUUGUCAGCAGACAAGACACUUCAAACGAAAAACUGUUACUAUGAAAAUGCAUCUCAAAGAGGACUUAAACAGACUUUGUAUAGAAUCACAGCAUGUAUUCUACCUUCCUUUUGGCAAAUUAAGAGCAAGCAUUUUGCUGCUUUCUCUUUCCUCCAUUCCCUAUCAUAUCAAAAUGCUUUUGCUGUUUUGUUUCAAUCUCAAUAUAUCAUUUUCAUUGUAAUUUGAGCUAGCAUAUCUUUCUUCCUUGAACAAGUUACUCAGUUUUUUAGCAAUUGUACAUGUAAGCAAAACUUUUGAUGGAACAAAAAUCAUCAGGUUUAGCUGUGCAUUACAUGCUGCAGUAUUAUAUAGCUGAACUCUCACAUCUUUUCAUGAUUGCCCAUUUUGAAACAUUUAAAUGUAAAAUAUUUAUCACUAAUAUAACAAUCUUAAUGAAAUUUGUAAAUUAUUUCAUUCAAUAAUGAUAUACAUAUUUAACAUAAAUUAUCAACCAACUUUCAUUUUGACUGUGAAAAAAGUAUAGUUUGUACUUUGUGUAGUUUGUACUGUUCAGAAAUAACAAAAAAAAAAAAACACAAACAAACAAGAUAGUUAUAUAUUCAGUGUUCAGCAAUAAGUUUUGCAAAUCGUCAAAUGAAAAUCACUUUGUUAUAGAUAGAAGUACAUUCCAUGACAACACAAAAGCUCCAUUUUUUGUUGCGAAUUAAGACAGGAAACUAUAUUGUUUUCAGCAAUUAGAGAUGGAUGGCAUAUGGAGUCUAUUAGUUUUAUAUUAUAUUUCAAUCUUAUUAAUGAUGCUAUUCGAAUAUGUUUAACACUUCUAAGCUCAUCCUUCAGUUAUCCUUAUAGGUAUAUACAGGGCCUGUGAAGUUUUGGGUCAUCGUGGUUUUAGGCAGUUCUUACUGUUCACCAUGAGCUUUGAACCAUGAUUGUGAAUGGUAUGCUUUCCAAUUAAGGACUGGCUGGUCUGGCUAGAUGAGUGUAUUUGGUGCUCUUUCCAUUUGUCAGAACUGACUUGCUAGACCCAGACAAAAAUUCCAUUUUUAAUCAUUCCUGUUCUACAUUAGCAAGAAUCAAGUUUUAAAUUUUAUCCAUUAUUUCAAUGGAAAUCUUGACAAAAGUAACUUUUUACUUAUUAGACCAGUUUUGCUACCAGUUCUGCCUAGUAAAAGUGCCAUUACACAGAGUUUUCCAAUACUCUGACAAAUUUAUGCACAUUUUAUCCAWAUAACAAUAGAUUUACAAUACAAUAGAAUACAAUACCAUUGCCUAAAUUUGUUAAUUYAACAGAGUAUUGUGCAGUCUGGCCGGUCAGCUGACAAAAGGAAGACAGACUGCUUUGGUCUGGAAAUGGAUUCGCACGUUAAUAAAAUGGAAAGCAAAUAUUGUGCAUGAUUUUAUUUUAACCAAAUAAAGUAUUUCUGAAAGUA